GAAAUAUUUUGAUACUUAAGGUGCUGAUUUGUUGUUUCAUUAAAAUGAAAACACAAUUAUUUCGUUUUCAUUUUCAAGUUUCAACAACUAAUGGACUCAGCUCCGAAAUCAUGCAACCGCCGCCUCCUCCUCCUCCUCUAGCUCUCUCUCCCUUGAUUUCCUCGACAAAAAAUCCAGCUCUCUCUAAAUCUUCGCUUCUCUAACAGACAUAAAAAAAAUACUUACACCUAUAAUAAACAUACGAAUACAUAUAAAUACAAAAAGAGAUUUAAAAUCCUUGCACACAAAUGGAUCGGAGGAGGACUGAAAGUCCGGUGUAUGCACGGCAGUGGAGCAGCGAUUCUCGAGGUUCAAGCAGUACGGGAUCGUCAUCGCCGGCGAGGAUGUCACCGGCACACCCGAACUCACGGCUAGGUUCAAGCAUGUCAACAAUCAAGCGCACACAAAACGUUGCCGCUAAGGCCGCUGCACAGCGGCUAGCUCAGGUGAUGGCGUCAUCGCAGACGGCGGAUGACGACGAAGACGACGACGAUCUAGGGUUCCGAUUCCCUGCUCCACCGAAUCCGGUUUCUGCUUCGUCGGGGUUUAGUAGUGUAAACCAUAGAAGGAGUAAUAAUGGUGUUUCGGUUACAAGACCUAAUAGAUCUCCGUCUCCUGCGCUAGGUCGGAACUUUAUGGAGAAUGUGCCUUCAGCUCGGUCUACAUCAGCUGGAAGGUCAUCAAUGUCAGUUCGUACAGCGACAGUAGUGCCACCUAGCAAACAGUCACUAAGAACUCCCAUUUCUAUACCUCCUAUCGAUCCUCCAUCCAGUAGGAGUAGAGAUAAUAAGAGGUUCACAUCAGAUAUGGGACAACUUAAGACUGAUGCAGGAGAUCAGCGUGAAGCAUCAGCACUUCGUGAUGAACUUGAUAUGCUACAAGAAGAAAAUGAAGUUAUACAUGACAAGCUUCGGAGUGCUGAAGAAAAACGUGAGGAGGCAGAGGCUAGAGCUAGGGAGCUUGAGAAACAGGUUGCUGCUCUUGGUGAAGGUGUAUCCUUAGAAGCUAAACUGUUGAGCCGGAAGGAAGCUGCAUUGCGUCAAAGAGAGGCUGCUCUUAAAGCUGCAAAACAAUCGACAGAUGGGAGAGAUGCAGAAAUUGCAACCCUUCGUACAGAACUUGAGAACUUGAAAGAUGAGGCUGCAGCAGCUGCUGAACAGCUCCAAGAAGCUGAAUCUGAAACGAAAUCUCUUCGCAUGAUGACACAAAGAAUGAUUUUGACUCAGGAAGAGAUGGAGGAGGUUGUCUUGAAGAGAUGUUGGCUUGCGCGUUACUGGGGUUUAGCUGUACAACAUGGGAUUUGUGCAGAUGUAGCAGUGUCUAAGCACGAGCAUUGGUCUGCUCUAGCUCCUCUUCCAUUUGAAGUUGUCAUUUCUGCUGGACAAAAGGCUAAGGAGGAGUCAGAUAGAGGUGGUCGUGAUUCAGAUAGGAGUAAAAUAGUUCGUGAUUUGAGUGAUCUUACUGGAGAAGGAAAUAUUGAGAGUAUGCUUUCAGUUGAAAUGGGAUUGCGGGAAUUAGCUUCUUUAAAGGUUGAGGAUGCAGUUGUACUUGCUCUGGCUCAACACAGACGACCAAGUACGGUUCGACAAAACUUCUCAGAUUCGAGACCACCAGGUGAUCCCAAGUUUACUGAGGCCAUUGAAUUAAGUGAAGCGGAGGCAGACGAUGUUCUUUUCAAAGAGGCUUGGCUAACUUAUUAUUGGAGAAGAGCCUUAGUACAUGGUGUGGAAGAAGAUAUUGCAGAAGACAGGCUUCAGUUUUGGAUUAGUCGUAGUGGGCAGUCACUGACUUCACAUGAUGCUGUGGAUGUUGAGCGAGGCAUAGUGGAGCUAAGGAAGUUGAGCAUAGAGCAACAGCUAUGGGAAGCAUCUCGGAGAGAAAUUGACCACUCUUCUUUUGCCCCAGUUGCUAACCAUAAACGCACAGAUUCAGAGCUCUCUUCAUAACGGGUGCCAGUUUAAAUAGCCACAUUCUUUCCUUCCAUUUUCUCUUGGUUUCCCGCUGAUUUUCCCCCUCAUGUUGAGCAUAGAGCAGCAACUUUGCGAGUGUAAUAGAGAGUAGGCUUGUAUUUUACCUUGCAUGUUCUUUCAUUUUUUCUGCCAAUUUUAUUUUGGCUGGUCCUAAAAAACCAGCAAGUUUCCUGCCGAUUAAUAUGAUCUGGCAUUAAAAUUGUUUGUGGUGGCCUUUUCAGUUUUUUUUUUUUCCUACUUUGUCAGCCCAAGUCCUAUAACGGGCCUAAUGGCUCCCACGUUGCCACAAGACCUUUUCUAUAUAUUAUUUUCGAGGGGUGUUCAUAAAAAUACAUAUAUUU